AUGGCCCAAGGGAGAAGGGGGCGGGAAGUCGCUCUUACCACCCGGGCUGAGGGCUGCUCCCCGCCCCCACGUCCCGACAUGGAGGGGCUGCUCCGGAGCGUGGAGAAGGACCUGAACAUCGAUGCCCGACAGCUGGCUCCGGCCUCGGGGGGCACCCACGUGGUGGCUUUAGUUCCUGUGCGCUGGCUGGCCAGCCUCCGCGAGCGCUGGCUGCCCCUGGGACCCUGCCCCCGGGCUGAGGGCCUGGGCGAGACGGAAGUCAGGACUCUCUUGCAACGCUCGGUGCAGAGGUUGCCCCCAGGCUGGACACGCGUGGAGGUGCACGGGCUGCGGAAACGGAGACUCUCCUACCCACUGGGCGGGGGUCUGCCCUUUGAGGAGGGGUCCUGCAGCCCCGAGACCCUCACUCGCUUCAUGCAGGAUGUGGCUGCCCAGAAUUAUCGCAAUCUGUGGCGCCAUGCGUAUCACACUUACGGGCAGCCGUAUAGUCAUAGCCCUGCCCCUUCAGCGGCCCCUGCCCUGGACUCAGUAAGGCAGGCUCUGCAAAAGGUCUAUGGUUGCGCCUUCAUGCCAGUGGGUGAAGCUACCCAGUGCCCAUCAUAUGUCAGAGAUGGUCCCUGUGCCCCUCGAGGCAGCCCACCCUGCCCCAGUCUUCUGCGAGCUGAAGCCCUGCUGGAGUCGCCAGAGAUGCUCUAUGUGGUACAUCCUUAUGUACAGUUCUCUCUACAUGAUGUGGUCACCUUCAGCCCUGCCAAGCUGACUAACAGCCAAGCCAAGGUGCUCUUCAUUCUCUUCCGUGUGCUGCAGGCCAUGGAUGCCUGUCAGAGCCAGGGGCUGGCCUGCGGGGCCCUAUCUUUGCAUCACAUCGCUGUGGAUGAGAAGCUUUGCAGCGAGCUCCGGCUGGACCUGAGUGCUUAUGAGAGGCCUGAGGAGAAUGAGAACGAAGAGCCCCCUGCAGCAGGGGACGGGGCCAGCACUGAGCCUGGGCAAGAGCAGACAGGGAGGCCUGAGUGUCUCACCUGCAAGGAGGAACUUAGGAACCUCGUGUUAGACUGGGUCCAUGGCCGCAUCAGCAACUUCGACUACCUCAUGCAGCUGAAUCGGCUGGCAGGUCGGCGGCAGGGCGAUCCCAACUACCACCCAGUGUUACCCUGGGUAGUGGACUUCACCACACCGCAAGGGCGCUUCCGAGAUCUGUGCAAGUCCAAGUUCCGCCUCAACAAGGGGGAUAAGCAGCUGGACUUUACGUAUGAGAUGACACGGCAGGCGUUUGUCGCAGGUGGUGGGAGUGGUGGGGAGCCGCCUCACGUGCCUCACCACAUCUCAGAUGUGCUCUCCGACAUCACAUACUACGUGUACAAGGCUCGGCGCACACCCCGGUCAGUACUCUGUGGACAUGUCCGGGCACAAUGGGAGCCCCACGAGUACCCUGCCAGCAUGGAGCGCAUGCAGAACUGGACCCCCGAUGAAUGCAUCCCUGAGUUCUACACUGACCCCUCUAUCUUCUGCUCCAUCCACCCUGACAUGCCUGACCUGGAUGUGCCGGCCUGGUGCAGCUCCAGCCAGGAGUUCGUGGCUGCCCACCGGGCACUGCUGGAGAGCCGAGAGGUGUCCCAGGACCUGCACCACUGGAUCGACCUCACGUUCGGCUACAAACUCCAGGGCAAGGAGGCUGUGAAGGAGAAGAAUGUGUGUCUGCACCUGGUGGAUGCCCACACCCACCUCAUCAGCUAUGGCGUGGUGCAGCUGUUUGACCAGCCGCACCCGCAGCGCCUGGCUGGUGCACCUACCCUUACCCCUGAACCUCCACUCAUCCCCAGGCUGUUGGUCCAGCCCAUCCAGGAGACCACAGGCCGGGAGGACUUGGUAGGACAGCUGACAAAUGGGGUGGGUAGGCUGGUUUUGGAGGCCACUGCCUGUGAGGCUGGGUGGACGAGGGACAGACCCAUGGCGGGGGAAGAUGACUUGGAGCAGGCCACGGAAGCUCUGGAUUCCAUCUCCCUUGCUGGGAAGGCGGGUGACCAGCUGGGCUCCUCCUCCAGCCAAGCCCCCCCUGGCCUCUUGUCUUUCUCAGUAACCUCGGCCCCUCGCCCAGGCCGCAGGAGCAAAGCUGCUGGGGUAGACCCUGGGGAGAGCGAGGAGGGGAAGAUCCUUCUUCCUGAGGGCUUCAAUCCUGUGCAGGCUCUGGAGGAGCUGGAGAAACUGGGCAACUUCCUGACCAAAGGCCUAGGUGGCCAGUUGGAGGUGCCUGAGCAGCCCCAGGUCUGGCCGCCCAUGCAGCUGCGGGACCUCUUCCAUCGGGACAUGCAGGCGCUGGGGGUCCUGCUGGCCGAGAUGGUCUUUGCCACCAGGGUCCGGACGCUGCAGCCUGAUGCGCCUUUGUGGGUACGCUUUGAGGCUGUACGAGGACUCUGCACACGUUACCCCAAGGAGAUCCCCGUGUCUCUGCAGCCUGUGCUGGACUCGCUUCUGCAGCUGAGUGGACCUGAAAGCCCUGUGGUUGGGGAGAAGGGCAAGCUGGACCUGCCGUUUGAGUACAGGCCCAUCUCCCAGGGGCUGCCCCCGCCCUCCCCGGCCCAGCUGCUCAGCCCCUUCAGCUCCGUGGUUCCCUUCCCUCCAUACUUCCCAGCGCUACACAAGUUCAUUCUCCUGUACCAGGCAAGGCGCUUGGAGGACGAGGCCCAGGGACGUGAGUUGGUGUUUGCUCUGUGGCAGCAGCUGGGUGCGGUGCUGAGUGACAUCACUCCCGAGGGCCUGGAGAUCCUGCUGCCGUUCGUGCUGUCCCUCAUGUCUGAGGAGCACACGGCUGUGUACACAGCCUGGUACCUAUUUGAACCUGUUGCCAGGGCACUGGGCCCCAAAAAUGCCAAUAAGUACCUACUGAAGCCUCUCAUCGGUGCCUACGAGAGCCCCUGCCGACUCCACGGCCGCUUCUACCUGUACACGGAUUGCUUUGUGGCCCAGCUCAUGGUUCGGCUGGGCCUGCAGGCCUUCCUCAUCCACCUGCUGCCCCAUGUCCUGCAGGUGCUGGCUGGUGUGGAGGCCUUCCAGGAGGAAAGCAAGGGCCUGUCAGGGGCUGUGGAGGAUGAGGAGAGCGGGCUCCCAGGGGCCGGGCCGGGCUCCUGUGCUUUUGGGGAGGAGAUUCAGAUGGAUGGGGAGCCCGCCGCCUCCUCGGGCUUGGGGCUGCCGGACUACACGUCUGGCGUCAGCUUCCAUGAUCAGGCCGACCUCCCCGAAACUGAGGACUUCCAAGCCGGGCUCUAUGUGGCUGAGUCGCCACAGCCCCAGGAGGCGGAGGCUGUGAGCCUGGGCCGGCUGAGUGACAAGAGCAGUGCCAGCGAGACCUCCCUGGGCGAGGAGCAGGCCGCGGACGAGGGGGGUGCCCCUGCGGACAAGAGCAGCCUCAGGUCAGGGGACAGCAGCCAGGACCUGAAGCAAAGUGAGGGCUCAGAGGAGGAAGAGGAGGAGGAGGAAGGCUGUGUGGUGCUGGAGGAGGAGGAGGGGGAGCAGGACGAGGUCACCAGGGCAUCUGAACUCACUCUCUCCGAAACGGUGCUGUCCAUGGAAACGGUGGUGGCCAGCGGCGGGGGAGAUGGGGAGGAGGAGGAAGAGCCGCUGACAGAGCAGUCGGAGGGCAAAGAACAGAGGAUCCUGCUUGAUACGGCCUGCAAGAUGGUGCGCUGGCUGUCCGCCAAGCUCGGCCCCACCGUGGCGUCCCGCCACGUGGCCCGGAACCUGCUCCGUCUGCUGACAUCUUGUUAUGUUGGGCCCACCCGGCAACAGUUCACAGCAAGCAGUGGCGAGAGCCCCCCGCUGAGUGCCGGCAACAUCUACCAGAAGAGGCCGGUGCUGGGCGAUAUAGUGUCGGGGCCUGUGCUCAACUGCCUCCUCCACAUUGCCCACCUGUAUGGGGAGCCCGUCUUCACCUACCAGUACCUGCCCUACAUCAGCUACCUGGUGGCCCCAGGCAGCACUUCAGGCCCUAGCCGACUGAACAGCCGCAAGGAGGCAGGGCUGCUGGCAGCAGUGACAUUGACCCAGAAGAUCAUCGUGUACCUCUCGGACACCACCCUCAUGGACAUCCUGCCCCGUAUCAGCCAUGAGGUCUUGCUGCCUGUGCUCAGCUUCCUUACUUCCCUCGUCAUGGGGUUCCCAGGUGGAGCCCAGGCGCGAACCGUCCUGUGUAUGAAAACCAUCAGCCUCAUUGCCCUCAUCUGCCUGCGCAUCGGACAGGAGAUGGUCCAGCAGCACCUGAGUGAACCCGUAGCCACCUUCUUUCAAGUCUUCCCUCAGCUGCAUGAGCUUCGGCACCAGGAUCUGAAGCUGGAUCCUGUGGGCCGUGGUGAGGGCCAGCUGCCAAAGGUGGUCUUCUCUGAUGGGCAGCAGCGGCCAGUGGACCCCAGCCUGCUGGACGAGCUGCAGAAGGUGUUCACCUUGGAGAUGGCCUACACUAUCUACGUGCCUUUCUCCUGCCUGCUGGGUGACAUCAUCCAGAAAAUCGUCCCCAACCAUGAGCUGGUCGGGGAGCUGGCAGCGCUGUAUUUGGAGAGCAUCAGCCCGAGCAGUCGCAGCCCUGCCAGCGUGGAGCCCUCCGUGCCCAGCACCGGCCCUGAGUGGGACCCCCAGGGCAGGGGCUGCCCCCAGGAUGACGGCCACUCAGGGACUUUCGGGAGCGUCCUGGUCGGGAAUCGUAUCCAGAUCCCCACAGACUCGCAGCCUGAGACCCCCGGCCCUCUGGGCCCCAUCUCCGGGGUGGGCGGCAGGGGCCUCAGCAGCAGCAGUGAGGACCACGCCCUGAAGCGGGAGCUGCCACGCAGCGCGCACGGGCUGAGCGGGAACUGGCUGGCCUACUGGCAGUAUGAGAUUGGUGUGAGCCAGCAGGAUGCUCACUUCCACUUCCACCAGAUCCGCCUGCAGAGCUUCCCCGGCCACUCGGGGGCUGUCAAGUGUGUGGCGCCCCUGAGCAGCGAAGACUUCUUCCUGAGUGGCAGCAAGGAUCGGACGGUGCGCCUCUGGCCGCUCUACAACUAUGGGGACGGUACCAGCGAGACAGCCCCACGCCUGGUCUAUGCCCAGCACCGCAAGAGUGUUUUCUAUGUGGGCCAGCUUGAGGCUCCGCAGUAUGUGGUGAGCUGUGACGGGGCUGUGCACGUCUGGGACCCCUUCACAGGGAAGGCCCUUCGCACAGUGGAGCCUUCAGACAGUCGGGUGCCCCUGACCGCUGUGGCUGUCAUGCCCGCCCCGCACACCAGCAUCACCAUGGCCACCUCUGACUCUACCCUGCGCUUUGUGGACUGCAGGAAACCCGGCUUGCAGCACGAGUUCCGCUUGGGCGGUGGGCUGAACCCUGGGCUUGUCCGCUCCCUGGCGGUCAGCCCUAGUGGCCGCAGCGUCGUGGCUGGCUUCUCCUCGGGCUUCAUGGUGCUCCUGGACACCCGCACAGGCCUGGUUCUGCGUGGCUGGCCGGCCCAUGAGGGGGACAUCCUGCAGAUCAAGGCAGUGGAGGGCAGUGUCCUGGUCAGCUCCUCCUCUGACCACUCCCUGACUGUUUGGAAAGAGCUGGAGCAGAAGCCCACGCAUCACUACAAGUCAGCAUCCGACCCUAUCCACACCUUUGACCUGUAUGGCAGCGAGGUGGUCACCGGCACCGUGGCCAACAAGAUCGGCGUCUGCUCCCUGCUUGAGCCGCCCUCCCAAGCCACCACCAAGCUCAGCUCUGAGAACUUCCGGGGCACGCUCACCAGCCUGGCCUUGCUGCCCACCAAGCGCCACCUCCUGCUGGGCUCAGACAAUGGGGUCGUGCGCCUCCUAGCCUAGGCUGAGUUGGGGGCUGGCGGGGGGCUGGCCUGGCAAGAGUUGGCAGACAUCCCCAAGAGUCCACCCCCAACAGCAGUUCCCUUCAGGCCGGCCUGGGACCCCAUACCCUGUGUAUCCAUGUGACCAGCCAGCUGGGGCCUCCAGCUGGGCUGUGCCUGGGCCCCUGAACCCCUAAAGCCAACUAGGCUGCCAGAAGGUAUCUGACAAGUCUUCACAGCUUGGGGAGAUGCUGCCCCCAGCCAGCGGGAAGCAAGAGAGAGAGUGUGGGAGAGCAUCAGGUAUCCUUGUUUCUCCUGGACCUGCCCUCUGUGUCCACAUGAGGACUGGAAGGCUCCACGAAGGGGAAGGGAGGCUGGCCCUGCCCAGCCAGUCUCCAGCCAAGGCCCCCCUUGCUGGACUCUCUCUCCCUGUUCUGAAAGGGCAGGGAUGCUGCUUUGGUCCAGGGCACUGAUGGUGCUUGGACUCCAGCUGCUGGGGAGGGCUGGCUGUGGUCCAGGAGUUAAGGGCCUUGGUCUGGGAUAUAAGUGUCCACCCAGCCAGGCCUGGCCUGGUAUGGGACCAGUGGGGAAAGAAAGAGGGUAGGACCAGGGGAGGGAAGAUGGGCUGGGCCAGCUGGUGCCAGCUCAGCGUGACCCCAUGCCUUG